CAAUUUUAUACACGCUGUUCGCUCGUCGCGCAAAUUUGCCCUGAUACGAGGCAGUCGCGAAUGUCGAGCAGUGAUUCGGAUGCCGGCCCAAGUCUUAGCGCGGGGGAUGACCUGUUUGACCCAGCUUACAGCGAGGACGCAAGCCGCUCGCGGCGAUGCAGCGGCAGCGCGUGCGGCAAGCGCACCUCGUGGAGCAGCGCAGAGCUCGUCAAGGUCGCGACGCAGCACGCUAUGCUUGGAAAUAAGUGGGCGCUUAUCUCGAAGGCCCUCAACAACAAAACGGACGCGCAAGUAAAGAACAUCUUCCACUCGUUCGAGCGAGCCAAGCACGGCAACAAGAAGUGUCUGCUGCUGGUGUACUACGCACGCGCCGUAAAGGACUGCUCGGAUGACCCGGAGGCUCGGCGCACGGCGCUGCAGGCGGCUCGGCGGAUCAUGAGGGAGGAGACCGCGGCGGCUGGCGCGGUGCACACGCACGCCGGCGGCCGCAGCAGUGGCGGCGGUGGCGGCGAAGCCAGCGGCGGCAGCAACCGCAAGAGCCAGCAGCACCAGCUCCAAGAGCCACUCCAACAGGCCCAGCCUCUGGUGAAGCAGGAAGAGCAUGAGCAGCAGGCCGCGUCGGUCCCCCCCAGCACCGUCACCACAACCACCACGACCACCAAGGGUAGCGCCCCAAAGCCCCGCGUGACCAUUGUCAGCCGCCGGCGCGCCUCGGAUGGCGGACACGUGUUGGUGCGCCGCCGCGAGCACAGCAGCGGGUCUCCAUCCGCCGCCGCGCUUGCGGCCGCCGCCGAGGAGGCGACGGUCCUGGCCGCCGCAACGGCAGCGGCGGGCGCGGCGGCGGGCCGCCGCGCGCGGUCGUUCGUGUCUCGCGGUGCGCUCGUGAGCUCUGAUGGCCGCCGCGGCCCGAGCUCGGCGCACACGCCCACCCCGCCGCCGCCGCCGCAGCAGCAGCUACAGCAACACGGGGAGGAGCCGCUGCCGCAGUCGCCGCAGCAGCAGCUGCUACUGCCGCAGUCGGUCGAAGACUACUACUACUGCACUGGCGGCGCCGCCAACGGCCGCUCGCCGUCAACGGCGGCGGCAGGAUCGAUGCGGAAACCCAUGCCCUGUGCCGCCGUGGCUUUGACCUUCGUCGACAACGCCGCCGCCGCGCCUGCGGCGGCGGCGCGACAGCUAUCUGCGGGUCCUGAGGCUUUCGCCACUGCUGACGCGCCCAUGGACUGGGACAUGGCCGAUACCAACGGCGCCGGCGCCGAAUUCAUGAUGGUGGAUGAGGAGGUCUCGGGCGCUGCCGCAACCGAAACCGCAACGGCCUUUGACAUCCACCACAACGAGCACGGCUUUCGGGUCAACCCGGCUGCGGACGUCGAGAGCGCCGAGACCGAGGCUGUUACUGGAGCCGCCCGCAGCGGCAGCAGCCUGUGCCAGCAGCGGCUGGCGCCGGCCGCCGGCCGCGUUCUCCAGUACGGCGGUAGGCUUGUCAGCGGUGCGGGUGCUGCCGCGGCCGCGGCAGCCUCGCCGGCCGCCGCCGCCAACACACCAGCGCUGGCGUUCACGGUCGCGACGCUGCAGGCGGCGCUGCCGCUGCGCGCGGCGGCUCAGGCCGACGCCAACGCCGGCGGCUUCAGGAGCGGCUUGCACUACGACUCCAAGCGCGACCCCUUGCUUCUGCUGCGCAGGGGCGGCAGCGGCACCAGCGGCGGCGUCGGCGGCGCAGCUUCUGUCAAGGCCGCGCUGAUGCCGUCCUCCUCCGAGCCCUGUGCGGCGUCGCCGUUCUCUGCUGCCCACGUUGUGGCAACCGCGCCGGCGGCGCGUUCGCUGGCGUGCCCCUCGCCGUCGGCCUCCUCCUGCUCGUCCCACCACCGCCACCACCACCUGGCGCAUUACGACAGCAGCAGUGGCGGCCCCACGACAGGCGCCGCCAUCGGCGCCACACAGCAGCAGGCCAUUGCUGCCACCUACAUGGAGGACGAGCACGCGUCCCCGUUCCAGGCGCCAUGGGCCUGCCCCUUGCCGUCGCCGCAAGACCACCGCCGCGCUGGCGCCCUCAAGACCGGCCACAGCCACGGCCACGACGGCAGGGCCGACUGCAGCAGUCUCGGCAGCACCGGCGGUAUGCCGCGUCCCUACCCGCCGUCCUCCUGCCCACCGCAGGCGCCGCCUGCUGCUGGUGCUACAGCCUCCGUCCUCAACGGCAGUAGCAGCAGCUGGUGCGCGGGCGCCACCGUCGCGUCGUGCCGCAUCGUGCCGCCGGCGGCCUGCUAUGAGGACAUGCUGGCUCCCUUCCUCAGCGCCCCCGGCGGCUACUGCAUCAUGGAUACUGAUGGCAACACAACCACCGCCGCCUCCGCUGCGGCCGCGGCCGCUGCUACAGCCGCCGCCACGGCGGCGCCUCCAUGUGCCACGCCCGUCAGGCAGACCGCGCCGGCGGUGCCGGCGGCGCCGGCGGCGCUGCUGCCAUCACAGCAGCAGCUGGCUCUGCCGCUGCCGCAGCUACAGCCGCUGCGCGAGGACGACUUCAACGAUGACCUCAUCCGGAUGCUGCUGGAGGACGAGCGACGGCAGAACGAGACCCUGGUGGCCUCAUUGGCUGCCAUUUCCACUGCUACAGCCAGCAUUGCUGCUCCCACUGCUGCUACGGCCUACACCGCCCCGCCCGCCGCCAACAGCCCCGCCGCCGCCGCAGCUCCGCCGACCGCGCCGCAGCCGCCGCAGCCGCAGCCGCAGAACGGCGCGCAGUACUUCUACUCGGUCGGCGGCGCCGCCGCCGCCACCGCGGCCGCCGCCGCUCCUGCUUCCGCUGCGCUUGCCUCCGCGGUUUCUACCGCCGCCACGACUGCCUCGUUGUCCGCCGACGGCAGCAGCGGCCAGCUUGGCAGUGGCUACGGGGGCACCAGUGUGGGAAGCUGCGGCGGCAGCCCGCGCGGCCACGCCGGCGUCGCCACCGGGGAGGCCGCACUCCGAAGCUGCGGCUCCAGCUGCCCGCGCUCAGCCUUUGCUACUGCCACUGCCAUUGCCUCUGCUACUGCUGUACCGGACUACGCAACCGCUUGGUGGAUGCAGCCGCAGCAGCCAUCUGCAGUCGCUGCCGGCCGCAACGGCUGCCCCUGCUUCACCUGCGGUGGCGCCGCCGGCGAUACCUCCGCAACCGCCAGCCACCAGCAGCCUCAAAUGCCUUUGCAGUCGCAGUCGCAGCCCCACCAGAUGAGUGCCGUAGAGACGGCCAGCGCCGUCCACACCCGAGCCUCGCCUGGCGCCGUGCCGCCGCCAUGGCAGCAGCCGCAGGCCGCUGCUACUGCCAGCGCAGCCGCUGCUACUGCCAGCGCAGCCGCUGCCGGCUCUCUGCCGUACUUUGCGGUCUGCGACCCGCAGUGCCUGCCGUACCUGCACGCGCAGCAGCAGCAGCAGCAGCAGCAGCACUGGGGCACCGCCUCAGGUGUUGAUGGCAGUAGCCGCAUGGCGGCGCCGCCGACGGCGCAGGCGGCGCAGUAUGAGAUGCUGGCUACAGCCAUGAAAUGGCAGUAGCCGGCAGUAGCUGGCUGGAAGCCUAGCUGCUGGUGUUCUACAACUUGAGAUGGAUGGAUGGUGCAUGUGUUGGCGUGUUGAUGAUAGUACGUGGGUUCGAGGGACUCAUUGGCUCGCUGGCUCAUCGGCGGACUCACUAUUGGUGUCGCAUUCAUUUGCACGGGCAAGACACACACAUACACACAUGCAUAGCUGCCCUGUAAAACAAGUACGGUUAAUUGCUAUACCAUUGCUAUAUGGUAUCGCCCGAGUUGAGUUGCACGUGAGACUACAAAUAACAAGUUGCCCAGGGCGCACUGAGAAAAACAACACUUGCAUUUUCUUACACCGGGCAGAGGAGAUCAAGGAAACAGUAGAUCUGAGCAUGCAAGUGCCGCAUGUCGUCUAGCUGUUUGUGUUCAUUGUUCAUGGGUCGGGUUUCUAGCUGUCGCAACCUACCGGUGCACAAAUGAACUAGGUUGCGUGUGUCCGUUUUACCUGCAUGAAGACGGGACGAAGGAAGGCCGGCAGUCGGACGGCGGGCGCCGAGAGAGCGCGAGGAGGACGGUGGCCCGCUUGCGCCUUGUGCCAUGACACCAGUGAUUUGACACAUACAUACACAAACAGAUGCCUGGGCAAAUGCAGUGGGUGCGGGUGCGGAGGUUGCGGCAGAGGCUGUGAAGCCUCGACAGAAGCUGGGGAUGAGGGAAUGAGGCUGAGACGGUGGGCUGAGGACUGAGGAGGUGGGAUAAAAUUGUACCGCCGGCCUUCACACCGCACGGAAGCGGCUGCUGGACGUUGUUGUUGCUGGUUGUCCGUGUGUGUGCGGUGUGGUGGUGUUCAUACACGCUGUGUGACUCUCGCCGCCGCCAUGCGCUAUCAGGCCCCAUAAUAUGGCGGUCCUAGCGGUUUGGCUGGAAAUGACCUAAGACUUGUUGAUGCUUGCUACUGUAUGGUCGCGUGAAAGCGCAUAGAAAUAAGGCCCGCUGAGGCCCGGGCAGGAGAUUCCAGUGGUUGUGGUGUGUCGCAAACGGGCGGUAAGAUGGAAGGGAAUUUUCCCGGAGAGAGGGAGGCUCUGAAGAGGAUUGGCCUACUGCGGUAUGCGUGUGCCGCCGACGGAGUGCCGCCGACGGAGUGCCGCCGACGGAGUGCCGCCGACGGAGUGCCGCCGACGGAGUGCCGCCGACGGAGUGCCGGGACGGAAGGGCCGACGGACAAGCACUGUCACGGGAACUGCCAGUCGCCGGAAGGCAGACGGCACACGUGCGUGUGUUCGCUGGACGGACUCGCGCCUGUUGCGUAUUUUUGGUGGUGCCGGAAGUACCUUUUAGGUUGUGGCCGUGUGAUGUCGUGGCGGGACGCAGGUGAAGGGCUCCAUUCCCCCAAGUCACGAGAUAUGCGCUUGGCCGGCCGCCUGGUCAACUAUUGGAUAGUGGAUACCGAGAGGUGACUAAAUGGGUUGUGUUGGAAAAGCGCAUCUGGUGUGCGCACGCCUUUGCGUCUGUGUGAGGAGAUGAUUUGGCCCCUUCUUGGGUGUCGGCAAGCUGCUGUACAAUCAAAUGACGAGAGGUGGGCCGUCCUUUCGAACCAGUGAGAGGGGAGGAAGCAGAAGGACCGGUGCUCUUGUUGGGAGCUUACAUACGGCUGAGCACACAUGGGCCGCCGCCAUGAGAAGGGGCGGCCGCCGCACGCGGGCGCGCCGCUUUGCCUGUGCCUUGAUAGCUGUGGAUUCGCGUCAGGUACUGCUGUUCCGUACGUGCUGUUCCGUACGGCUGUGGAUUCACGGCAGGUGUACAACAUGGAUAGACGCACAUUUACCGGGAGGGGUGCUAUGAUGUGGUGUGUGUGGUGUCUGUUGGCAGGAGCGGUAAAUAAGCGCAGAACGGGUGAUAUGGGAGCCCGCUCGCAUGCGUCCUGGCUGCGCCACCGUUUAUAGCCAUUCUUUAUUCGAGGCCUUGCGUACAAGUGCGGCCAGAAGCAUCCGAGGGGCCAGGGAUGCUUAUCGUAUAGCUCCACCGCAGGAGCAACGCUCGUAGUCUGUAGGUGCAUGGUAUGUAGCACGUAAUUCCUGUGGGGACCGUAUGAGCGCGGAAGGACACCGUGGAAAGACCAGGCAGUUGUAUAGCCACGAGACCCUGACUCGCGGCCCGCAUGCGUGGACUGCCCUUGGUGCAAAAAUAAAAUGUGGUUUGGCGGUUGGCAGCCAGUGCGGCGAUGGCAACAUGCGCGCGUGUGACGCAUGUGGGCCGGUGGGGCAGUGGAGCCAGCCCCAGGCAAGAUGCCCUGGUGCCGCCGGCCCACCCGGCAUUGCCAGUCCGCGUGUUGCUCAGGCCCGCCGGUCCGUUAGCUGCGGAGCUUCCAAUCUAGCAUUCUUAUUGGUGUGUGUUGGUGCGGCGUAUGAUAGCGUGGUGCGACCUGUCCUCGCAACGGCGCUCUCGUAGAAUAAGAUGGCAGAGCUCAUUGCCAAAUAAAGAAAGGUUGCCGCAUGCAAGGGUCUGCUUCAAGGGCAAGGCAUGUUUGGAGACCAACUUGAGCCAGCAAUUUGAGUGUGGGGCGGGCCACUGACAAGCAACAGUUGUUUGCAAUUCAUAAGUUGGACAAGCAACAGUUGUUUGCAAUUCAUAAGUUGUCUUGGACUCCAAUAUUAUUUGUACGGGGCGCACCGUGAAGCACGCAUUGUGUGCGUGCAACGUGGCUGUAUGACACAGGCACAUGGACCCAAGACUUUGGAAACACUGUGGUGCGGCGCGCAGGCGUCCCACAGCAAUUGAUUGGUGGCUGAGAGGCUCAGUGUGGUGUUGACAUACCGGAGAGUGGGGCCUGAGGUAUGGAGGAGGCGCCGGUCUUCCAUUGCCAGCCGUGGGCUGGUCGCAAUAAUGUACUGUGCAAAUUGCAAGGCACUUCACUCUUCCUGCA